AUGGAGCUGGCCAACCGGACUGUGGUCCAGAACUUCAUUUUGUUGGGAUUUGAGGUUGGACAGCAGAAGAGAGUCUUGCUCCUCAUCUUUUUCAGCAUCCUUUAUGCGCUCACUUUAGCGGAGAAUGGCGCCAUCAUCACACUGUUAUUCCUGGAUGCCCACUUGGCCCAGCAGCCCAUGUACAUCCUGCUGAGCAACUUUUCCUGGCUGGAGAUGUGCUAUGUGAGUGCCACCGUGCCUCGUAUGCUCUUCGACUUGGCUUCCCCUGGUGGGAGCAUCUCCUUCUCUGACUGCUUCCUCCAGUUCUACAUCUUCUUCUCUCUUGGCAGCACUGAAUGCUUCUUCCUUUCAGCCAUGGCUUUCGAUCGAUACGUGGCCAUCUGCCACCCACUGCGCUACCCACAGAUCAUGUCCCCAAAAGCCUGCUCGGUCUUGGUGUCUGCUUGUUGGCUUCUUGGCUUCUUGUGGUACCCCAUCCUUGUGUUCUUGAUCUCCAGCUUGUCCUUCUGUGGACGCAAUGUCAUUGACCAUUUUAUGUGUGAUCCCUGGCCCAUUCUAUCCCUCGCCUGUCCUCCACUUGGAAUCAUUCCCCUUCUCUGCAAAGUAUUAAUGAAUAUUCUGUUUUUAGGCAAUGUCCUCCUUGUUGUGCUCUCAUAUGGCAUUGUAAUUUUCACGCUGAUGAAAUCUUCCAGCAGAAGCAGUCAUAGGAAGACCUUCUCCACCGUGUCACUCCAUAUAAUAGUUGUGACCCUUUUCUAUGGCACCGUUGGUGCUAUGUAUCUGAUCCCUGGUGGAGAAAACCAGACAGAAAUCAUGAAAAGGGUUACAGUUAUUUACACUGCCAUCACGCCUUUUCUCAACCCCAUGAUCUAUUGUCUGAGGAAUGAUCAGGUGAAGGAGGCACUGGGCAGGUUGCUGAGGAGAUUAGAAAGAUUAUUGAUAUCAAAGGUGACAGUUCCAUAA